AAAAGAUGAAAGCAUGUCAGAUGAAGAAUCGGACAACGAUUCAAACGACACCACAAGCGUGGAAAGUAGUUCUCAACCGUACAGAUCCAGAAAAGUUUCGUUCAGCACUCACAAACACAAUCAUUAUGGAAGCUUCUAUUUGAGAAUGGGUGCUGUCGCAUUCGGCAUCGGUAGCAUGAUCUACUCCGGCCUGGAGUUCGGACAAUACUUCGAGCUGGAGUUGAACACCAAGUGCCACAACGUCCUGCUUGCUCUGACACCAGCAACCCGUAUGGCAUUCAUCUUCAUCCAGAUGUACUUCAUCUUUCUCAACAACGAACAGAUGCGCGUCUACAAGCACAAAGUCGCGGCCAGGUUUGGCUUGAUGCACAUGAUCGGCACCAAUCUCAGCGUCUGGCUCAACGUGCUGGUUCAGGAGACCAAGCAUGAGAUACUUACCUUCUACAAUCCCGAGAAUAACUCGCUGAGGAUAGCUCAUAGGAUACCCUUCAAGGCGAGGGUUUUAGGUCUUCCAGAGGUCACAGCAGAUCAUCCCGCUGAAGCUCAUGGUCCCCAUCACCACCACAUAGUGGCGCGUGGUCUGAAAGGACCUCAUCAUCUGUACGAAUGCAGAAGAACGAAUAUCAUUGGUUCUCUGGUUCAAGAUGCCUCGCCGUUCCUUUUUCCGUGCACCAUAGAAUACAGCCUCAUCUGCGCUGCUAUUUUGUAUGUGAUGUGGAAGAGUAUAUCAAAGUUGCCAGUUGGCGGACAAGGAAAGCCAAGGACGGAACUGAACCAGUACAAGCGUAGUCCUCAUCACUAUUCUGUUGACUGCGCCAGGGCUCACAAAGGUCUGUUUGUGGGCAUUUUAUUUUUGGUGCUGACCAUUAUCUCGCUCAUACUGUUUUUCGUUCUGAUAUCGCGAGUUGAAUUCGUAGGCUUGGCAGUUAUUGAAGUCAACAUAUGUGAAUUGGGCCUGUACGGCCUUACCACUCUAGCAUCACUGAUAGGUAUGUGGCAAGUCCGGCAACUCAAGUACGAUGGAGGAAAGAACUUAGAACUCGACAACAUCUUACUGGUUGGAGCACAAACAGGCAUGUUUAUCUACAGUACGUUCACUAUCAUCGGCAGUCAAUUUACUAUACAGAAAAGCACCGUUCUGGUUUUAGUUACAGCCUUAUCGUCACUUCUCCAGACUACUUGUCAGACGAUUUUCAUAUUGGAUGCAUCAAGAAGGUCGUGUGUCACUCCAGAACAAAUGCGUAAGAAACCGGGCCGCCAGAUAGUGACAUUCCUUCUGGUGACCAACCUGGCCAUGUGGGCGAUCAACACCUUAGAAAAAUCACGAGCGGAAUCUCACCCAAUCCAGUUGCAUUUCUACGGUCUUUGGGCCUGGACCAUCAUCACCCACGUAUCCAUGCCAUUGGCCAUCUUCUACCGCUUCCAUUCGACGGUGUGCCUGUGCGAAAUCUGGAAGCGGGCAUACAAAAUGAAGCCAGCGUACAUGUGAGCCGAGGCGUUCCUUGCGAAGCACAGGUGACAUUUGACAGAUCAGCGAGCCAUGGUAGAUAAGGAGUGCCAGACGUCACCUGAAUACCAGUUGGAUUACAUGUCGGAGGCUGAGAAGAUACUGAAACGUAUUGCUUACUAUGAUUUGGGGGUAUUUUAGGUUGUGUUGGGAGGGGAAUUUGAUGAAGGUGUUGAAGGAACGUUCAAUAAAAUCGUUACUAUCAGUAGCCUGACGCAGCUGGGGGGCCAAUGUCACUUUGAAAAGAGAGUGUAAGAUAAGGAAGAGAC